GGUUUGGGGGUCACCCUGGUGGGGUCGCGCUCCAGGGCGGCCCAGGAGGGGCUGCGGUGGCAGCGGCAGGACCGGAGCGCCCUCAGCGCGCUGGAGGUCGGGUGCCUGCACUACUGGAUGGUUCUGGACCCCUCGGCCGCCCGCCCCUCCCCCCACUUCCUGCGGGCCGUUCGCUCCCUGCCCCCCAAGUUCGGCCCCUCCUCGGCCCCCGAGUACCUGGAGCUGCUCUCGGCCUUCGGCACCCACUUCGUGUGGGGGGCUCGGCUGGGGGGCCGCGUGCGGGCGCUGACGGCCGUCCGGUUGUGCCGCGCCGCCAUGGCCGGGCUCGGCGCCCAGGAGGCCUCCGACUGCCUGGCCGUCGAGGUGGCGGCCGGGGGCGGGGCCUGGCGGGCGGGCGCCAAGGCCGAGGCGUGCCGGAGGGCGCGGGCGGGCACCGAGGGCAACGUCAGCUUCAGCGAGUUCUUCGGAGAGAGGCUCGUCGAGGUCGAGGGCGGCGGGGCCCCGGCACGGGACGGCGGGGUCCGGUUCCAAGGUGGAGACUUCCAGUUCCAAGAUGGAGAUUUCCAGUUCCAAGAUGGCAGCUCCCAAAAUGGCGGCGUCCAAGAUGGCGGCCCUCAAUUCCAAGAUGGCGCCUUCCAGUUCCAAGAUGGCAACUUCCAGUUCCAAGAUGGCACCUUCCAAAAUGGCGGCACUCAAUUCCAAGAUGGCGACUUCCAGUUCCAAGAUGGUGGCAUCCAAGAUGGCGGCGCCCAAGAUGGCGGCGCCCGAUUCCGAGGUGGCGCCUUCCAAGAUGGCGGCCCUCAAUUCCAAGGUGGUGACUUCCAUUCCAAGAUGGCGGCUCCCAAAAUGGCGGCACCCGAUUCCCAAGAUGGCGGCGCCCGAUUCCAAGAUGGCGGCGCCCAGUUCCAAGAUGGCGCCUUCCAAAAUGGCAGCACUCAAUUCCAAGGUGGCGACUUCCAAUUCCAAGAUGGCGGCUCCCAAGAUGGCGGCUCCAAGAUGGCGGCUCCCCGGGCGGCUUCCCCGGGUCUGGGCGGGGACCUCCUGUACGGGCGUCCCGAGGGGCUGCGCCGGUGGCUGUCGGAGCUGCCGGGGGCGCCGGCGCUGGUGGAGGCCGACCUGAGGCCGCUGCACACGCUGGUGCCGCGGGGGGACCCCCGGCGAGGGGCCCUGCGCGCCGCCAUCGCCGCCUACCUGGCCGCCCGGGCCCUGCCCGGAAACUGCAGCUGUGAUGGACAGAGGGGUGGUCACCAUGGGCGGCCCAGUGGUCAACUCAACGGUCAACUCAAUGGUCAAUUCAAUGGUCAACCCAAUGGUCAACCCAAUGGUCAGCUCAAUGGUCAGCUCAAUGGUCAACUCAAUGGUCAACUCAAUGGUCAGCUCAAUGGUCAACCCAAGGGUCAGCUCAAUGGUCAACCCAAUGGUCAACCCAAUGGUCAAUUCAACGAUCAACCCAAUGAUCAACUCAACAACCAACUCAAGAACCAACCCAACGGUCAACUCAACAAUCAACCCAAUGACCAAGCCAUUGACCAACCCAACGACCAACCCAAUGGUCAACUCAACGAUCAACCCAAUGGUGAACUCAAGAACCAACCCAAUGGUCAACCCAAUGACCACCCCAAUGGUCAACCCAACGACCAACUCACCAAUCAACCCAACACCCAACCCAAUGACCAAGCCAUUGACCAACCCAAUGACCAACCCAACGCCCACUCCUCCUCCCCCCCCUCCUUGGCCGCCCCUCCCUGGCCGCCCCACCCGUGCCGCUGCCCCUGCUCCUCCCUCCCCCUGCCCCUGGGGGGCUCCCCGUGCUGCCCCCCGCGCCGCGGCGCCGCCCGGCUCACGGUGUGGGUGCUGGGGGGCGGGGGCUGGCGCGGGGACCCCCUGUCCCAAACCGACGCCUACGUCUGGGCCUCCUUCGGGGGCCGCCGCGCCCGCACGGCCACGGCCUGGAACGCGGCGCGCCCGCGCUGGGGGGCCCGGCUGGAGCUGGGGGAGGUGGUCCUGGCGCCGGGGCGGCGCUGGCUCGAGGUGUGGGACGAGGACCACGGCUGGGACGACGACGCGCUCGGGUGCCGGCAGGAGGUGCUGGGGGCGGGGGAGGAGGGAGGGGUCUGUUACCCCGGGGGGGGACGCCUGGAGUUCGCCUACGAGGCCGAGUGCGGCCCCGCCCUGGGGGGGCCGCUGUGCCACGACUACGUCCUGGCCAUGGGCGCGCCGCCUCCCCACCCGGCCUGGGUGGCCCUCUGGGCCCUCCUGGUGGCCACCAAACCCCCUGGGGCCACCGGCGAGACCCCGGACCCCCACGGCCAGCGAGGGCCACCCAACGUCCCCGUGGGGACCACCCUGGGCCACCAAACCCCCCCGGGGGCCACCAAGAGCCAUCAAGGGCCACCAGAGACCACCCUGGGCCACCAACUUGGCCUGGGGGCCACCAAGAGCCACCAAGGGCCACCAGAGACCACCCUGGGCCACCAAACCCCCCCGGGGGCCACCAAAGGCCACCAAGUCACCCUGGUGGCCACCAAGAGCCAUCGAGGGCCACCAGAGACCACCCUGGGCCACCAAAGCCCCCCGGGGGCCACCAAGGGCCACCGAGGGCCACCAGAGACCACCCUGGGCCACCAAAACCCCGGAGACCGCCAAGGGCCACCCAAUCCCCAGGGGCCACCAAGGGCCACCGAGGCCACCAGAGACCACCCUGGGCCACUGAACCCUCAGAGGCCACCCAAGGCCACCACGCUCCCCGAGGGGCCACCAAGGCCACCGAGGGCCACCAGAGAGCCACCCUGGGCCACCAAACCCCCGGGGCCCUGCAAGGCCACCCAACCCCCAGGGGCCACCGAGGCCACCAACCCCGGGGCCGCAGAGCCACCCAACCCCCUGGGCCACCGAGGCCGCCCUCCCCGGGGGCUCCCCCUGGGCGGUGGCCGCGGUGGCC